AUGACGUCCGAAUCACUAAAUGUCAUUGCGCUUAUUUCAGGAGGCAAAGACAGCUUCUUUAAUCUGGUUCACUGCAUCCGCCAUGGGCAUCGCAUUGUGGCUCUGGCGAACUUGUUCCCUGCCGUGGAUGGUGCCAACGAAGCUGUAGAGGAUGAUCUGAAUAGCUUCAUGUAUCAGACGGUUGGCCAUGAGGUCAUCCCGCUCUAUGCAGCAGCAACAGGCAUACCCCUCUAUCGACAGCCUAUCCGUGGCGGGGCACUACAUCACGAACGGGACUAUGAUUAUUCGUCUGGGGGGCAGAAGGCCGAUGAGACAGAAUCAAUGCUGCUUCUGCUAAAGGCCAUCAAAGCUCGCCACCCAGAGGCCAACGCUAUCUGUUCCGGGGCCAUCUUGUCAACUUACCAGCGCACUCGAGUCGAGUCUGUUGCGUUGAGACUUGGCCUCACCCCACUGGCAUACCUCUGGAAGUAUCCCGUUCUUCCAUCUCCUGAGAAUGAGGUUGCAGAUGAUGCUCAGUUACUGCGUGAUAUGGCUGUGGCCGGACUCGAUGCUCGAAUUAUCAAGGUUGCAAGCGCCGGACUUGAUGAAAGCCACCUAUGGGAGCGAGUGUCGAGCACCGAAGGAGUACACCGAGUGAAGAGUGCUUUGAAGAAGUUUGGUGCUCCUCAAGGAGCUGCACUGGGCGAGGGAGGAGAGUUUGAAACGCUUGUCUUGGAUGGGCCGGCUUGGCUGUUCAAGAAGAGAAUAUCUGUCCCCGAGGAAAGACGGCGAGUUGUCAACGAAGGAGGGGGCUCAGUUUGGUUGAUGCUUCGGGGAGCUCAACUUCAAGAAAAAAACACAAAUGUCGAUGACGAUGCGAGCCCAGAAUCGUCUGUUAGGAUUCCUGAAUUAUUUGAUGUCAAAUUUCAUACCAUCCUGAAUACGGUCAUGAGUGCAAAGUCGGCCGAGGGCAGCGGGAAAGAAGUCUCCGGAGCUCUCACACCACGAAUUUUGGGCAAAGAUUUCCCCACGACUUUGGAAGAAGAUGACGACUUUCUUCGAUUUUCUGUUCUAGCCAAGUCUUCUGCAGGUUGCAUUUUGAUUGAGGCAGAAAUGCAGUCCAUCGUUGGCCAAAUUGACAGACUCCUUUCCUCCUCAUCUCUUGAUGCGGCCCAAAUAAUCAAUACCACCAUCAUCCUUCGUCACAUGGCAGACUUUCCAAAAAUCAAUACAGAGUAUGGCAGGCUGUUUACAAGGCCAAACCCACCAUCUCGAGUCACUAUUUCGUGUGGCCACUUACUUCCAUCUGGCUACAAUGUCAUGGUGUUCCUCACGGUCCCGAAAUCAGGGGUAAAUUCGCAUAGAAAUGGGCUCCAUGUUCAGUCCCGGUCGUACUGGGCACCGGCGAAUAUUGGCCCAUAUAGCCAGGCUAUUGACGUUGCUUUAACAGCAAAAGCAGAGGCCAGCAGUCUUCGGGGCAUCUACAUUGCCGGCCAGAUCCCCCUUAUCCCCUCUUCGAUGGUUCUGCCGCCUCCAUCGAAUGUCAGUCAUGGUAUGCAGAUUGUCCUCUCGUUACAACAUCUCUGGCGAAUUGGGCUUGAGAUGAAAGUCCAGCUUUGGACAAGCGCGGUAGCCUACUUUGCCAAAUCAUCAUCGCCCGAUGAAAUGAAACGCAACGCCCAAGCAGCCGGCCUUGCGUGGAAGCUCGCUCAUGGCUCACCAGAAGAUGAUGAAGAUGAUGGAAAUGAGCUGGACCCUUGGGAUCUGAAGUACAACUUUCAACACAUGACACUGGCGGGCGAUGAACAGAAGACUCGCGCACGACUGCCUGACUGGACAAUUUUUACGCUGAGACAGCAGAACGAGCCGGAAUCGUGCAUCCCUCCCGUCUUCGCGGUCGAAGUGGAAGAGCUUCCUCGACAGUCUACGGUGGAGUGGCAUGCUCAUGUUGGCCUAUCGCAAAUCGAGGAGAGCAGUGUAGAGAUUAUCUAUCAUCCAGAAACUCCAUCGUCCUGCUGGAGGGCAUGGCAUGUAUUCAUUCGGUCUCCGAAGGCUACAUUGGUGUAUACAACUCUAGCCCAUGUCCCGUCACGGGAUCACAACAGCACCGAUUGGGAAGCUCUGCAAAAGGAACUCUCAGCCUCAUAUGCGGGCUCAGUUCGGGCCCUCGGGCUGACGCCUCCAGUGCCCUCUCCAACCCCUCACCUGGCCUAUGUAGAGGUCACCAGCGUCACAUCCCUGUGGUCGGAUGUCGGCGAUGCUGGGCCGUCGGUGCCUUUUGCGAUGGUUCCGUGCCAUACAAUCUGGUCCGCCAAGGGAGAAAAGAUAAAAUGCGUGGCGAUAUAUAAAACGGUUCUUGGACUGCCUCUGAACGAAUAA